UUUAUUACUACUUUAUCGCCGGUGCGGAAAUAAACAUGAAUACCUUAUAGUACCUGUGGUUUUUGGACGUACCCAGGAUCAAUCGCUUAAUUUAAACAAUAUUUUUUUUUUAUUUACUUAAAAUAAAAACUCUUUUUGACUUAUGUUAACUAUACAAUGUUGAGAUUCAUCAGUAAAACAAAAACUUUAUCUAUAACAAAUUAUAUGUUUUCCUCAUAAUACACCAAAUAUUAUUGAAUAUAACAAGUGUAAUCGCUCGUUCAGUCAUGUCUCAGGUCGUGCACAAAUAUAACUUACAUAAAUAUAUUAUAUUAUUUUUAAGCAUAUUGUGUAUAGAUAAUUUUAUUACAUAUUUCAUGUAUGUGAAAACAGAUACUGGCAGUAAAAAAACAUAUUAUAUUUUACGAUGGAAGAUAGGUGGAAACAAUCCAUUGCGUGUUCUGGGAACAGGAUCAAGUAAGUUUAUAGAAUUGAAGUGCCCGUACCAAAACUGUCACGUUACCGACGACAGGAAAUAUUUUCCAAAUGUAUCAGAUUUUGAUGCUUUAGUAUUUUGCGGAAGACAGGCAAUAAAAUUUCCGCGCAGUGAUUUGCCACAAGAGAGAUCACCCUCACAAAAGUAUAUAUUUGCAAUGACUGAACCAGCUCCUAUGUUUAUGUCUUGCAAUCCUCUGUUAGAGGACUUAUUUAACUGGACGUGGACUUAUAAACUAAGUUCAGACAUUCGAUUUUCUUAUAUACUCAUUUAUGACCUGAACGGCCGUGAGGUGGGCCCAAAAAUAAACAUGAACUGGCCUAUGGAGAUGAAACCGAUUCAAGAUGAAACAACUAAGUCUAUAUUGGAUGGCAAGUCUAAGGCUGCUGCAUGGGUUGUAUCACGCUGUACAACUAAUAGCCGAAGAGAAAUGUUUGUUAAGAAGUUGAGACCAGAGUUAUCCAAAUUAAAUCUGUCGUUGGAUGUGUACGGAAGGUGUGGUGACAUGGGCCGGGUGGACGACGGCAGGUGUAAAGAAUUACUGAAAAGAGACUAUUAUUUCUAUUUGUCCUUCGAGAAUUCUCUCGCUUGGGAUUAUGUGUCGGAGAAACUUCUGACCGCACUGCUGAAUUACGCCGUCCCUGUGGUUUACGGUGGUGCAGAUUAUACUCGAUUUCUACCUCCGGGCAGCUAUUUAGACGCACUCAACCUUGGACCAAUGGAACUAGCGAGGACCAUGAAAGAAAUAAUAGAAAAUAAAACAAGAUAUUAUGAUUUUUUUCGGUGGCGAAACCAUUUCGUAUACAAACGAGGAGAGAACUCUACUGAAAUUUGCAACGUUUGUACUGCGCUCAAUAAGGACUUACAUACUAAUUUAAAUAUUCGCAGUGGAUUUAGACUUUGGUGGAUCGCCGAAAAUGAUUAUAAAUUAAAAACUUGUAGAUUUUGAACAAGUGCGAUUAAGCGAGUUCAUCUAUUUGCAAAUGGCGGUAACAAAUUUCAUUUGUUCAUUGUUCAUUUUUGAUUAAAGCAGAUAUUACAAAAUGGAAUUGAAAGAAAAAACUUGAAUUUACAGUCAACAGCACAUCGAGCUACUCUACAUGAACCUUUACGGCGCGGUGAUAGCGGCGAGUUUGUAAUGAAUUAGGUAGGUUGAUGUGCUGUUGACUGUACUUACAUGUUUUAAUGCGUGUGUUAUUAUUAUUCUUAUUCAAAGUCGUAUUCCUCAUGGCUGAGGGUCGUGAUCAUUACGUGGAAUGAAACACACACAACAACUUUCUUGGUACUAUUGCAUGAUGGCAGUGCUUUGCCAUUGUCUUCUCCGUUUCACACCUUGUGAGUGGAAAUUAAUGAAUGAAAGAAAGCUCAAUAAAUGAAAUUUCAGUAGACAAGAUGACCACGCAAAGGAUUUUCUGAGCUCUUGAAUUAGUAAAUAAUAUUCGCCCCAAAAAGUCUUUAGGUUGGUAAAUCUGAAUGAAAUCGGGUUAACACGUAGAUAGGGGAGGAAAGGUUAAUUUACCGUAACCGUUCAUUAUCGAUUGACUUCGCUACCUUUACUGAAUGAAUGAUUGAUCGGUCAAUGAAUGAAGGUGAAUUAAUUUAUGGUCUUGGAUAUGACACCGGGGAUAGAUGAUUGAACGUUUCCUUUGUAUUUGAUUAAUUUACUUAAAAUAAUAUACGUAUAAUAAUUUAGAAUGCAAACAUAAAUGAAACGUAAAUAAUGUUGUAUACGCUUAAUAAUAACUUAACAAUAAUAAAGAAAAAUAAUGAACGUAAAAGAUAACAAUAUUGAAGCGGUGGUGGCGUAAUGGUUAAGACGCCCGUUUGUGGAUCGAAAGGUCCUAAGUUCGAAUCCUACUCGUGCCACAUGAGUUUGUAGACCAAUCUGACUCCUGCAUGGUAAUUUCAUCGACAAUCACAUCUACAUCGACCACACUUGUUUCCGGUGAAGGACUCUAAUCGUAUACUAGUUGUUCGCCGCGAAUGGACCUCGUAAACACAAUAUUUUUUUUACUAAAUUGUGAAUAUUUUAAAAACGACUUACCUAACCGAUUCGUUGCCCCACGAGACAGAACACGACAAAUUCUACAUACCUUUUAAAUUUCAUCAAAAUCAGACCAACGUUUCGAAAGUUAUUGCGUUACAAAAUUACAUAUAUACAAAAAAAUUAUUUUUGCCUAGUUGAUUUGUAGAGCUCGCUUGCUUCGCUCGCUCGGUCAAUGAGAUAAAACAGCGGUAAUCAGCAUCAGUUAUCUGUGAUUUGAGCAUCAAACACUCGCGCACGGAACAAAUACAGGGAUUUGGGCCGCUGCCUUUUUACGACGUGUCGGAAAUAAAGCCGGGAGAUACUUCCGUUGCGGGUUAUGUGGCCCGAGUUACAAGCAAUGACGGAAAUUUAACAUUUGGCUUUGAAUAUUCUGUUAGUAAACCGUUAUGUUUCAUUGAAAUAAUAUUCAAAACAGGUCCUUUAACCCCUCGCCUGAGGUAUCCCUAACGUACCUAGGUACUAACGCAGAGACUCGCCUCACUCGCGAGUGCACCAGACAACUUUGCCGUUAACUUUAAUCUGCGUAGAAAAACGCAAAUUACGCCAUUUUGUUUUAUCAGUGGCGCGCCAGCAAAAGUUGACAUCAAAAUUGACUUGUGCAACUCACAUUAAAAUGCUGCGUAUUUUCACUAUUCGCUCAAGUAUAACUUUUGUGGUUUGAGACAGACCUUUCUCUUAGAAAACGACACAAUCACAAGGCGUUUCCGCCCACUAUGUUAUAUAGCGUAAACAUUCUUCAUAUUCUGUGAACUCUCAGAUGCUAGCAUAUUUGUAAACUAUUUUAUUAAGUCUGUUCACUGAUUUUGCAAAAACUAGAAAACUUUAACACAGGACCGAGCUCAAGGUAAAAAAUGUAGGGAGGCCUAAAUAAACAAAUAAUUUAGUCUAAAGAAGAUUGUUGGAAGAAUAGACAUGUUUACGAGUUUACGUCAGCUUAAAUGUCAUAAUGAUUGAAAAUUGUUCUAGAAUUAAAAUUGAACUGUUUUGUUUAUCAAAUUCAAAAUUCUUUAUUCAUUAUAGAUAUACAUCACUUAUUGACGUCAAAAAAAUUACUUAAACUAAGUCUACUGCCGACUUCCAAAGCGCAGGUGAAGAAGAAGCGGCGCAUCAAACUUUUCUCCAAAGACGUCAAUAAACAAAUGUAGGUCUUACAUCUAUAUCUAUUAUCUAUCGCAUUGGUUUAUCUGUAAGAUUUAAAUUAUCGAUAAGUAAGUAAUAAAUAAGUAAACAUUUAUUUUUGAGCUAUCAGUUGUGAAAUUCCUGGAUAAUAUUCGAAAUUACAAAUAUCCGUAUCUACUAAUUAAGUUACUUCACUAACCCAAUUAUUGAGUCAAUUUACAAGCUUCAUUUGUCAUGCGUUCGUUUGAAAUUAACGGCUAAAUUGUGCGAAACUGCAUGUGUUAAUAAAUCUAUGCUCUAGUUUAGAUAUUGUUUGAAAUUAUAUUUUGUUAAAUAAUUGUAGUUUUCAUAAAAUACAUAUUUUAUGUAUACAUUGUAAACAUACAUGUGUUUUAAUCUCCGACGACAGAAGGAGUUGUAAGUGAAACGUGUCUGUGUGCUAAAUAAAUGGUUGAACUGAUUUUGAUCUAGAUUUUUUAUUUGAAAGGGAAUUCGAAUGUUCUUAACUAUAUUUGU